GACAGUUGAACUUCUUCCUUCUGAAGGUCCUCAAUUUCAUUCCUUCUCACCCAUCGUCAAUUGUAUCGGCCGUACGUAUAAUAGGAUUCCACCAGGCAAUUCAAUCUCCUGUACAUCAACUCCAUGACAAGUCAAGAGGAGCUACCUCCCGCUCCCUCCCACAAGUUGCCACUUCCUAACGUUGCGUGUGGCCGCGACGACGUUGCUCCUUGGGACCCAUCACAGAUUCCCGUAUACGGCUAUGGCUACGUCCUCGAUGACAAGUGGCUCAUCGACUUUCACGCCAACGAAAUCAAGGGUCAAGAUAAUGCAUUACCCAUUAAGAAGACUCUGUCCGCUGUGUCGUUGAUAUCGAGACGCCUACGGGCCAUGGGUACUUAUUUUGUUCUCAUCAAGGAGGAGCCUAGGGAAUGGGCUUGGUGUUUCGUUUCUGGUUUGAACUUCAACAAGAAGAGAGCGUUGGAUAGAAUGCGCAUCGAGAAACUCAAACGCGUUAUCGGCACUGAUGAAGAGCCGAAGUGGUAUCCUGUCCACUGUUCUGGCGACUGUUGAGACACCAGUUCUUAAGCCUCCGGACACAUCCUUCAUUCUACGCUCUUAGGUGGACGAUAGCCCAUCCAUCGAUCCAACCUUGUAUCUUGAUACCCCGUCUUCUCCGGCCGUCCCUUGCAUGCUAAUUUACUACCCUGUGUCAUUGCAGGAGUUCGGUGUAUACUUAUAAAGAUAGGCUCUAUAUUCACCUGUCAAUGAUUCGCAUGAAUGAAUCGUCUAUUCCUGCGGUACUUCUCACCAAGGAUGACGAAGGAGUUACAACAC